AGGUGGAAGUGCGACCAGGAGGCCAAGACCCCCGCCGGCACCUGGGGCGGCCUCUCCCCACGCAAAGAGGACGAAGACCUCAACAGCGUGCUGGAUUUUAUCCUUUCCAUGGGCAGCGAUGGCUACGGCCAGGGCUUGUACCAGACAAACCCGUCACCGGGAUGCUACAGUGCCCUGGAGCAGGGCAGCCCCCCGCCCUACGCCAUCGUGCCGGAGAUGAUGCGCUCCGAGAUGGACUCCAACUACUGCCCUCCCGGCAACGUCCACGGGCGGUUCUUCGUGACGCCCAGCUUCGGGGGCCCGCAGUUCGUUGAGAACAUUAAGCCUGAGCCUGACAUGGACAAUUACGGACCGGUCCUGGGUCUGGUGCCCCAGGCUUGCCCGAAAAUCAAGCAGGAGGGCAGCGUGACCUGCAUGAUGGCCUACGAGCAGCCCCGGGUGGCCAGCUCCCCCCAGAUCCCUGGGGCAGAGACACCUCCACUGAGUCCUGACGAUCUCAUGGUGAACGACUGCCACACGCAGAUGAUGUGCCCCUCGUCCGUGUCCUUCCAGCAAAGCUACCACCCAGCCUCCGGCUUCCACCACCAGCAGACCCAUCUCCAGUACCAGAACACCUCCCAGUUUGGCCUUUUCGAGGACAGCCUGCCCUUACAACCCUCCGCUCCCAGAGGCAUGCUCACCCCUCCUUCCUCCCCUCUGGAGCUGCUGGACUCCAAACCAAAAAGAGGACGCCGGUCCUGGCCGCGGAAGAGGACGGCCACUCACACGUGCACCUACGCAGGGUGUGGGAAGACCUACACCAAGAGUUCGCACCUGAAGGCCCACCUCAGGACGCACACAGGUGAAAAGCCCUACCACUGCAACUGGGAAGGCUGCGGCUGGAAGUUCGCUCGCUCCGACGAACUCACCCGUCACUACCGCAAGCACACCGGCCACCGGCCCUUCCAGUGCCACCUGUGCGACAGGGCGUUCUCCCGGUCAGACCACCUGGCUUUGCACAUGAAGCGGCACAUGUAGCCCGGGAGACCCUGACCUGCAGACAGCGGACGUUCUUUAAUGCUCAGGUGCAGAAGCGUUAAAAACUUGUAGCUGGUACUACGUAGGGAGGCACCGACGCGCUGGC